AUGAACAAUUAUCAGAAAAACAAGGAGAGGAUCAAGAGGCUCAAGAGGAUCAAGUUAAACGGGGCGAAGACACGCGAAACAUGCCAAACGGGAGAAACAUUCGAAACAUGCCAAACCUCCUUAACCCGUGAGAAGGGCCCGUCUGCCCCGCGCGAGAGACUUCCCAAUUUGAAAAAAUAUGCCCUGUGCAUUGGGUAUGUGGGCAGCAGGUACCACGGGUGCCAGGGGCAGGGGAAGGACUGCAUGACCAUCGAAAACGAGAUCGAGAGGACGCUGAUAAAGAUGAACGCCGUGCGACGGGGCGUCUGCAGGAAGGAUUUCAACUUCUGCCAGUCCCGCUCCGCGAGGACGGACCUGGGCGUCCACGCCCUGUACAACGUGUUUGUGUACCAGGUGGACUUGAGCUGUGGUGAAGCGGCCGCUUCAGUAGGUGUAGUACCGACAAAGGUGGAAGCGGCAAAGGUGGAAGCGGCAGACGUAGUAACGAAUGGUGAUGCGGCAGGUGCGGCCCCCAACGCAGACGCCACUACCCGAGAGAUUGCCACCCAGAGCGCUACUACCCACAGUUCUACCACCAACGGCGCUACCACCGACAGGGCCACCACCGACAGGGCCACCACCGACAGCGCCGCCCUAGAGGAACGGAAAAAAAAGGAAGAAAAGUUUGUUCAGAUGCUCAACGAGCACCUGCCGGAAGACAUCCGCUGCUUUGAUAUGUACAGAGUGACGAAGAGCUUCGACGCGAGGAAGUUCUGCUCGUUCCGAUUAUACGAGUACCUCUUCCCCGUGUACGUUUUGAGUGAGGUGGCUGUGCGGGAUGAGUACAGGGAUGUGUUUGUCGAGGCUCUGCGUGUGAUCGAUGGGCGCGUGGAGGAGCUUAAGAGGAGGAAGCGCAAAGAGGGGGACGACGCGGCUGAGCAGAAGGGUGAAGAAGAAGCGGUUGAGAAAAGCCAUGGGGACGACGCGACGAAACAAAAUAGCUGCGAUGAUGCGUCCAAACAGAAUAGCUGGGACGACAUCCUCACCGUGAAGGAAGAGAAAGAAGAGCUGACGGAAGAAGAACUGAACGCCUUCUUCCAGAUCGUCCAAAGCUACGCAGGGUAUCACAACUUUCACUGCUUCACUAAAAACAAAGUAGACCAAACGACCUUCCGAUUCAUAAAAUACUUAGAUGUCAGUACAGUCAAUUUGUAUGACUACAAUUUCGUGUCGGUGAAAAUCUUAGGUCAGUCUUUCUUAAUGCAUCAAAUCAGAAAAAUGUUAACUCUCUCUGUGGAGACCUUUCGAAAAGCCACUUCUCCAGGCUCCAUUUAUUACUGUCUCAAGUCAGGAGAAUAUGUACCGAUAUCACUCUUCCCCGCUGAGGGUCUGAUGCUCAUUUGCCCGUACUUCAAUGCGUACAACGAGAAGGUGUGCAAUCCCCCACAGAGCCCCCCAAUCUGCUUUCAAGAGAGCGAUGAACUUCUGAAAUUCAAGCGGGAUGUCGUCGCCAAGUGCAUCAUCGAAAACAUGCACAGGAACGUGUGGAAGGACUGGAUGCUGAAGAUGAACAAGCGCCCUUUUGUGUACCACUUCAUGAGGGACAGACUUGGCGAUGCGAAGCCAAGCUGUGAGCGGAUUGAGUAG